AUGACAACGCUGCCAAUAGGAAUGCAGCUAGUAAGUGCACUAGAUGACUCAAAGCUUACAGUACUUUCACCUGUAGGUGAUGUGUCAUCCAUUGGCUCUGAGAAUGUACCACAAACUCUAUCGUUGCCAUUGCAGAGCGAUGAGAUGGCGUUGGACGUGGAAAUGGACAUUGACUUGGAUGUCUUUCGUCCUAGUGCCAUGUCCGAUACUGUUGAUUCCUAUCAUGAAGAUUGGAAUAAAUUAUACUUUGAUUCACUAUUUCAGCCUGAUUUGGGAAAUAAUGCACAGGAAGAUAUUGACCAAAUGCUGUGGUGUGAAUCCGAGGAGGUAGCAUUACAUAGUAAUCAUCAGCAUGAGACAGCACCGGGACGGGAAUGUCACUGUCGAAACUUUGCCAUUCAAGCGAACCGAGUACAGGCGCAACAGGAACAAAUUGUUGAAACGGUAGCAGCAAAGGAUCAGAAGAAAGUACUACGACACAUUUUUGGCUCAGGAAAGAGGUUGCUAGGCUUUGGAUUUGAAAAAGAGGCUGUGACGGACCAGUCUAAGCAGCAGGAAAACAGGAUGACAGACAAAGUGUCGACGCCAGCUCUUUAUGUUGAUGAGGUGAUGGCUGCAGAGCACGCUGAAGUAGUAGUCACAGAUAUGAAGAUGAUGACAUCGAUGCCUGUUGUGGCAAGCAAACAGGGGGUACCCUCGACACCAGAGCGUGUGCUGCUUAAAUCACGUUCGUUAAGAGAUGAUCAGACAUUUAGCAGUCCGUUGCAUCGAAGUCGUGUGUUGUCUGAAAUUACGAGUCCAUUGAGUACGACUAGUUUCGUAUCUCUAGAGAGUAUGAUGGCUACGCCAUUGUCGGCCACAUCGCGUUCAACAGCUCACCCUGGAUUGCCGAUGAUGCGAUCGCUGUCACCUGCUGACGAGUUGGAGAAGAUGGCAUCAAGUGGUUCUGUAGCAUCUAUGCCCAAGAUGAGCAUAUUAAGGGGAAACUUUCAGGUAUCGCCAGGACGUGAGACCGUGUCACUCGUGUCGUCGACUGCAGUGCUACCACCACCGUAUUUUCGAGAAGCUCUUGACUCGCCAAAGAAGCGCCGCGCAUAUUCAAAGACGUUUCGUUCAUUUGCCCAGCCGUUGUCAUUCUCGUUUGCAAACGAGUCUUCGACGGAUAGGUGA